AUUUAUACCAUUCAUAGUGAGCUCAGUUUCUUGGAAGAUCGAUACGCCCCAUCUGCCAGAGACAGACGUACAGACUGAUCUAUCAUGUUUGCAUCACCGCCCACUUCCCUUUGCAUGAUUGCAAGUCCUUUAAAUCAGGAGGAUCUGAGAAGCCAUGCGCAGAUCAAAAGCUACGCCUAUUCAGAGAUAUUUGGUGGUCAUUACCCUCCACCAGAGCCAAACGCCGAGCUCAAUCGCUCAACACCAUGCAGGUCAAUUAGCAGCGACCCCACCAUGAUAAAGAAACUUUACCACAAUGCUAACGAGCGAGAUCGUCGCAAGAAGAUGAACAAUUUGUAUCUUACUCUGCGUUCUUUACUUGAUCCUUCGGCUGAUCAAACGAAAAAAUUAAGUAUUCCGGCCACAGUUUCACGCGUGGUAAAAUUAAUACCAGAACUACGACACCAAGUAGAGGGACUGAUUCAAAAGAAGGAAGAGCUUUUAUCAAGCAUUUCUAGGCUGGGAGAACAAAUUCAUCUGCAAGAAUGUCAAAGGCAUAUGUCAUCUCGCAGCUCUUUAUCUGCUGUUUCGACAAGUUGGCUUAACGAUAGCGAAGUUACGAUACAGAUAUCCACAUAUAAAGUUCAGAAGAGUCCAUUAGCUGAGAUCUUGCUUAGUUUAGAGGAAGAUGGGUUUCUACUGCUAAAUGCUUCUUCUUUUGAGUCCUUCGGAUCAGGAAGGGUCUUUUAUAAUUUGCACCUCCAGGUGGAAAGGACUAGUAGAUUGGAGCGUGAAGUUUUGAAUAAGAAGCUCAAGUCAUUAUAUGAAAAGGGAAAAGAGUUCAAUCACGAAUAUAUUGGCUCUAUACAUUUCAACGAUUUACCUAUUAAUUAAGUCUUGAUGGGAUCAUGUUUAUUGAUCCUUCGCUUAUUUAAAUGAUUAGGCGGAACCAGUUCGAAUUUGAUCAAGUCUUGUUUUUUAAUUUUAUUCGAAUAUGAGUUGAGGUUGAGCUUAUUAUACACGUUAUGUUCUCGAACAGUUCAUUUAAUAUUUGAGCAUUGCUUGAACAGCUAUUUAAUAAUGACAAAAUAUAUUCAUUUGUCAUUUAAGUUUAUCUAC